AAAAUGUUUCAGCAGCGUCGCCCAUUAUCUGGAUGAGCUGGCAUCGGAAUCAAGUCAAAACACUGAGUGCUUCUAUAAAUACAGCAAACGGGAUCACCAUCAAAGCUUUGCAGAAUGGCUUCACAAGAAAAACGCUUCACAUUAUACGCCAAUUGCGCCAUCCUACCAUCAAGCACUACUCAAUUUACAGCCUGAAACACCGUUGCGUGAGCGAGCAUUGUGCUACUUUGAAUACUACCUCAACUAUAACCCACUGGUAAGUUUGUUUUGUGUUACCGAAAUAUGCUCCGACAC